ACCCAAUAUCCGAUGUCCUUGCGUUUGGGCUUGAUUCGCAUUUGGAACAGGUCAACGCUGCUUCCCUUCUUCUGCAUUUCGAAAAGUCUCCCUUCUCCUUUUCCUCCCGUCUUCCACUUCACCAGUACGAAACAUUUCAUAUCUUGCCGGAUUCUGAUCUCAGUCCAGGGUCAGAUUUGCUCAGAUCAAACGUAAUUCCAUAACCCAAGUCGUGGAUUUCUUCUGCAAUUUCUGGGUUUUCCCCAAUCAUCGUUUGUAACCAUAAAGAUCAGUCCUUGGGAAUUGUCUGUCUCGGUCCAUGUUCCUUGGAUUCUCCUCCAAAGCCAAGACUAUGGAAGACAGCAAGUCCACUUAUAGCAGUAACAGAACCACCAGUUCACCCAUCAAACCGAUCCGAACCAACGUGGGCUCCAUUUACUCAGCGGAUCUGAGCUAUUACGAGUCAGCGUGUAGAGAAGACCCCGACUUGAGAUCCUUCGACUCAUCGCUUCACCGACGCACCAACCGAGUCAUUAGCUCAAUCGCCUCACGGGCCGGAACUCAGCCUUUCUCCUUUGACUCGCUCGUAGAAGUCUCCGGAUGUCUUCUUGAAAUGAACCAUGAGGUCGUGAGGUUCAUCGUUGAGAGCAGAGAAGACGUGUGGGAUAACAAAGAUUUGACAUCUUUGGUUAAUGCUUACUUUGACAGUACCAUCAAGACCUUAGAUUUCUGCAACGCUGUGGAGAAUUGCGUCAGAAGAGCGAGGAUUAGCCAAUUGAUUAUCCGGUUUGCCGUGAAACAGUAUGAGAUAGAGUCACAAGAUGUGGAUAAGGGGAACAACAACAAGUACCCCAAAACAUUGGAAGAGCUCAACAAGUUUAAGGCUGCGAGUGAUCCCUUCGAUGAAGAUUUCUUCGCCUUGUUCGAAUCUGUCUAUGAACAGCAAGUUUUGCUGCUUGAGGAACUUCAUAAGCAAAAGAUGAAGCUUGACAAGAAAAUGAAGAACAUAAAAACAUGGAGAAAAGUGUCGAACGUGGUUUUUAUGACAGCGUUCGUCUCUGUCCUGAUCUUCUCCAUAGUUGCAGCUGCAGUUGCUGCACCGCCCGUUGUGACCGCGGUGGCGGCUGCAAUGGCUGUUCCCAUCGGCUCGGUGGGGAAGUUGUGUAACUAUCUGUGGAAGAAGUAUGAUACUGCUGUUAAAGGGCAGAAGGGUAUUGUUCUUUCGAUGAAGAUAGGUGCCUAUGUUGCCAUGAAGGACAUGGAGAACAUAGGGGUAUUAGUAGACAAGCUGAAGAUUGAGAUCGAGUCAAUGCUGCAUAAGGUUGACUUUGCACUCAAGGAAGAAGAAGAUGUGGCUGUAAGGCUUGCGAUUCACGAGAUCAGCCGGAAGCUAGAUGUGUUCACGGAGAAAAUCGAGGAAGUGGGCGAAAAUGCAGCAAAGUGUAGCAAAGAUAUUACAUUGGCGAGAACGGUAGUCCUUAGGCACAUCCUCAGCUUCUCUGCCGGUUCAAGCUCGGAACAAGGGAACUGGAUUGAGGAGGUGACAUUGUGAACGUUUGUCAAAAUGUUCUUGCCAGAGAGGUUACCGGUGCUUAUAUGACAUGUCAGUAGUUUUUGCCAGUUUUUGUUGGCAUUCAGCUGUGUAAGCAGUGCUGUAAAAAAGUGUAUUGUGUGUGAUGAUUCUUAAAUGGAAAUAAAUGCCAAAUUAAAGAAA